UGGUUUCUGCUGCUGCUUUGAUUCUUCAUCACAAGAUGAUGAAAUUUGUUCUUUUUACUUUGUUCCUUUGUGGAUUCAUCCUGGAAAUCAAUGGAAAGAGUUCAUCAGGAGCAUGGCUCCCAGAGAAAAAAUCCCUUGUUGCCUGUGAAGGAACAGUGGCUCGACUCCACUGUGAAGAAGGUCAGGCUAUCUAUGUGACCAGUGCUACAUACGGACGCACUGAUAAGAAGACUUGCAGCGCUCGUAGACCGGCCGACCAGCUAAAGAACACUGAAUGCUUCACAUACGCAGAGGAAGUUGGUGAGAGAUGCAACGGGAAACAGUGGUGUAAAGUCAAAGCCAGUAACUAUGUGUUCGGAGAUCCCUGCUAUGGAACCUACAAGUACCUGGAGGUGGAAUAUAUUUGUUACGAUUCCCUGGUUGAAGGCACACUGCUGCUAGUGAGUCCUGCUGCUGCUGCUGCUUGGAUUCUUCAUCACAACAAGAUGAAAUUCGUCCUUUUUACUUUGUUCCUUUGUGGAUUCGUCCUGGAAAUCAAUGCUGGACGUGGUUUUCGAAAACCGAAAAUUCUUCGUGUGGCAUGUGAGGAAUCAGUGGCUGAAAUAUUCUGUGUAAAUGGGUCUAUAUCUGUGAUCAGUGCAACAUAUGGGCGCAGCGACCAGACAACGUGCUCCGAUGGGAUUCCUGAUGAACAGACAGACAACACUGAUUGUGCUACGAGGGCAGAUUUAGUGUUUCAGAUAUGCGAGGGGAAAUCAGCGUGCGCUGUCUUAGUCAGCAGCUCUGUGUUCGGAGAUCCCUGUGUUGGGACCUACAAGUACCUGGAGGUGCUAUAUCGUUGUGAAAUUCCAUUUGCAACUGAAUGAAGCGACGAUCAGAUCUGCUGUGCUGAGGAUGAAAUGCAUCAUAAUCAGUAACAUCUACAGACGUUGUGAUCCACUGAUGUGCAGCUUCAUCUGUCUUCAGUUUCUUUUUAUGUUUACUUAGCAUUUUAUUUGUUUUUCUU